CCAUCCAGUUCUCUUUAGUGUUUGCCAAUGUCGGAGGUGUAACUGGGGUCUGGCCCUGGACAAAGGAAUAGAGCAUGGCUCAAGUGAAAGUACAGACCUCAGCACCCCUGGCUGGUCCUGGCCUCUCCCCCGGAGUUUCCCCGACGGCCAUGGCCAGCCCAGGAUCCUUGGGUCUGCAGCCCUCCGUCAACGGCACAGGCCCGGCCCCCACACCCGCCUGCCCUGCUCCUGCAGUCGGAUAUGGGGACGCCCCUGUGUCUUCUACAUCGCCAGGCCCGCCCCAGGAGAACAUGGCAAACCCUAAAGAGAAAACUCCAAUGUGUUUGGUGAAUGAGUUAGCCCGUUUCAAUAGGAUCCAACCACAGUACAAGCUCCUCAAUGAGAGAGGCCCUGCACAUGCUAAGAUCUUCACAGUGCAGCUGACUCUUGGGGAGCAGGUGUGGGAGGCCGAGGGCACCAGCAUUAAAAAGGCCCAGCACUCCACAGCCGCCAAAGCGCUGGACGAGAGUAUCCUUCCCAGGCCAGCGCCCCGCUCCCCUAAAGUGGACAUCAACAGCAACCCAGGCAGUAUAACACCCACGGUGGAGCUGAAUGGUCUGGCCAUGAAGAGAGGGGAGCCAGCUAUCUACAGGCCCUUGGACCCUAAACCCAUGCCCAACUACAGAGCUAACUACAACUUCAGAGGGAUGUUCAACCAAAGGUACCAUUAUCCUGUUCCUAAGAUCUUCUAUGUGCAGCUGUCUGUGGGGAGUCAUGAGUUUAUUGGUGAGGGACGCACCCGCCAAGCAGCCAGACACAAUGCUGCCAUGAAGGCCUUGCAAGACCUGCGCGAUGAACCCAUCCCCGAACGGCCACCGCAGAGCCCGGAGGAAAAAGGAGAGCCUGAGGACGGCCCUGAUGCCAGCAAAUCAGAGAUCAGCCUGGUCUACGAAAUUGCCCUGAAGAGGAACUUGUCUGUCAACUUUGAGGUGUUGAAGGAGAGCGGCCCCCCGCACAUGAAAAGCUUCCUGACCUGCGUCAGCGUGGGGGAGUUCUCUGCAGAGGGCGAGGGCAACAGCAAGAAGCUGUCCAAGAAGCGUGCUGCUCUGUCCAUCCUGCAGGACCUGAAGAAGCUGCCCUUCAUCCCCAUCGUGGAGAAACCCAAGACGCACUACAAGAAACGCACCAAGACCAUCCUCAAGACAGGACCAGACUAUGGCCAGGGCAUGAACCCGAUCAGCCGUUUGGCCCAGAUCCAGCAGGCCAAGAAGGAGAAGGAGCCAGAGUACCUGCUGCUCUCUGAAAGGGGGAUGCCCCGACGCCGGGAGUUCAUCAUGCAGGUGAAGGUGAAUAGCGAGGUUGCCACGGGAACAGGACCCAACAAGAAGGUGGCCAAGCGGAACGCAGCAGAGGAGAUGCUCCUGCAGCUGGGAUACAAGGCCUCCACAGUCCCCCAGAACACCCCCGAGAUGGACAACAAAGGCUGGAAUGGACAAAAGGCGCCAUUUACCGAAGCGACGAGUAACACCCCGAAGGGUCUGCUCCACCUCAGCCCUGACGUUUACCAGGAGAUGGAGGCCAGCAGGAAGCAAGGGGGCAGUGCUCCGUGCCCUGGCAGCAACGGUGGCGGCUCUGUCAACUACAUGACAUCCAAAGACAUGGGGCCCUGCUCUGCCCCGCUGCCCCCAGGACACCCUCCAUACUACAGCGUUUCAGGCUCCUCACCCAGCCCAACUGCUACCAUGGCAAGGGAGCUGCUGCUUAAUGGUCAGUCACCCACAGGCGACGCCUCCCUGUCAAUGAAGGGGAAGAACUCGGCCCUGCCCUGCGGCGUCUCGGUGCAGCCUGCGCAGCAGCUGGACUACCUGGCUCACAUCCAGGGCUUCCAGGUGCAGUACAGUGAUGCGCAGAGUGGCAAGGAUUUUGUGACCUAUCUGACCCUCUCCCCUGUGCAAAUGACUUUCCACGGCACCGGGAGCACCCUCCAAGCCAGCCAUGACCAGGCUGCUCUAAGUGCCUUGAAACAGCUGUCGGAGCAGGGACUGGACCCGGUGGAUGGCCCCAUCAAGACCAGUGAACCAUGUGGGAGGGAGGAUGGACAUUAAACAGACUAACUCAGGCACCACCACUCAGGUCUGCAAGGAUUCAAAGGCUGUCGUCAAGGAGCUGACAACCCAAACCUCUCCUUCGGCAUACACCAACCUGACAAACCCCACCCACCCUACACCCCAAAGUCCCAUGACCUACAACCCACAGUGUCCCCACUACCCACAAUUCCCCCACCCUCUCUACCCACCCCCACCCCACGAUUGCCACUGUAUCCUGCAAAACCUGUCAACAUGCAAUAGGGUGGAUGUGCACCGAGAAAUGACCGACUAAAACACCAUUACCUGAGUCUAUGUGAAGACAACGCUAUGUUAACACGUUUAUUGAUGAUUUCAGUCAAAAUUUAGAGGAGAAAAAAUAUAAGAAAUGAAACACAAACUAAUGAGAUAAAUGCAUGGUACUGUAUGAAAUUAAGGGAAAUCCAAAGUGAUACACUGCAUAGACAAUUUUCCCUUUGGAUAAAUGUCUUUUGGUAUGGUUAAAAACAAAUAUGUACAUCAUGCCAUUGAAACACAAAAGAAACAUUUUAGGGGAGAAACCAACUUGCGUACAGUAGCUUAUUUUUUCGGGGGUAUUAUGUUUCUGUUUUUUUUUUUUUUUUACUAAUCUAACAAUGCUUGAGUACUGUAUUUAAAAUUAACCAAUGCCAGUGCUGUGAAAGUUGUAGUUGUUGUCUUCAUAUAUAGUCACCCAGCUUACCUUGUAUGCUGACAUUUAAAAAAAAGAGUUCAUCUAUCUAUAUGGAUGUGUAUGACUUGCAAGAGUAUCAUAUUCCGAAAAAUAACACAGACAAGUUUUUUUUCAUGUGGACAAAAAGGACAAAACUUAUGUUAGCAGUAAUCAGUACAAGUGUCGACCACCCAGGAGGGAAGGUUGGACUAACCUUUACUUCCUGAAGGGUCUAACUUUCCCGUUUAACAUGACCCCACACUGGCAUAGCAUCACUGGAGCAUCAACUGACCAACAGCAGAGGCAAAGGGGCCACUGCAGUAUCACUUUUUAUCUAGAAAUAGAGGCCAGUGGUUAGUCUUUUUGCAGAUAUUCUCUGCUACCAGUAAACGUCCAAACUCCAGAGAGUUUUUAGGGGCGUGACUGAAUGUCCUCCAGUGAAUGAAAAGUCCUCUCCAUUCCAGUGAUUUUGUGUCAGUGGAUUGUCCCCCUCUACCCCCCACAGUUUUGUCGAUCACAUCUACACCCAUUGUGUGUGUUGUAUUGACCCGCCAAGGCAUCAACUGGAUGCUUUUAAUGCCUGCAUUCUGUCUGGAGUGCGUCUUUUGAGCGGAGAGAGUCUGUGUCCAAUUCAGACUCCCUUCCCUAAAGCCCACUUUGUUCACUGACAUUGAGGACGUGUCUUCUUCUUCGCUGUGAGUACAAUGUGUAAUAAGGCUGUUUCUGUUACUGAAAUGCAGUAAAAACACCUCAGUUCAUGUGGAAAAAAGCUUCUUUGUGUCUCAUUUUCUCUUAACGCAUAUAAACACAUCUCGCUCCAACUGUAAUUAGCACUGUUUCUGAAAUAAAUCUACUUUUACA